AUCACACGAAAUGUGGGAAGGAAGUGUCACGUCAAGAUUAAACACAUUUAAUCAUAUGCAAGAUGGUUGUUUGUAAAUAUUAUCGACAAGGGAAUUGUCGAUUUGGACAGUACUGUAAAUUCGAUCAUAUCAAUACUUUUGGAGGCAAUACCAAAGUUGACUCUUACAAUGAAGACGAAUACACGGCGGAGUUAGUCGCGAAGGAGGUGCUUAGUGCAGAAAAAGGAGGACAGUGGUUGCUAUCAUGUUUUGGACCACUCAAAGAGAGACCGUGUAUUCCUGGCAUGGAGGAUUUAUCUCCAGAAGAAGUACGAUGGGAAAUGUAUCAAGCCCAAAAAAAUGGAAUGGUGGAACAAGCAAAAUUACAUUUCCAACAAUUGUGUCAAGAUAUGAAAGCAAAAAGGGAAGCUUUAAAAAACCCUACUAGAGAGACAUUAACCAAACUUAAAGAAAUUUUAGGAACAGGUCGCAAGAAUACCACAAAUGACAACACAGCUGCAAAACCAUCCAGCUUUUCCUUUGCAACUCCUCAACUUGGACUUCCAAGCAGUACAACAUCCUCUAAUGUGUUUGUGAACAAAACCUUUGGAACCCAGAGCAAUCCAUUUAGUGGAGGUUUCACAACUCCUAGCAAUACCUCGAUAUUUGGGAGAACAACAACAGCUUCAAACCCAGUAUUUGGUAGUUCUCCCGCUUUUGGCAGUAAUUUAGGAAUGUUUGGUGGUGGUACCAGCACCAGUUCUGUAUUUGGUAGAACUACAAAUACGUCUACAUUUAAUACAGGACAAAACACGCAGACAUUCGGGUCGUCCGGCUCGAUAUUCGGUGGAGGAACCCCCCAGACCGUUUUCGGUCAGUCUAACAUGUUCGGGACGACCAAUCAAGUGAACAAUGUCUUUGGCAGGAUCCAAACGUCCCAGCCAACCACAUCAGUAUUCAAUAGUGGAGUUACGACCUCUCCGUCUUUAUUCAGCAACACAUCUUCUCAAUCUAAUACGUCCAUGUUUGGCGGAGCCAAAAUUUCCACUGCUAAUCCAUUUGGUGGCUCUGCUAAUUUACAGACUACCAACACCAUCUUUGGAACGACACAAUCCACAGGAACCUUUAGCUCUGGAAUAUUCUCUCAGGCUGAAACACCUGCUUUUGGAGGAGCUCCAGUUUUCGGCAGUACAGCGACAUUUGGAAACACACCUGGCUCAAUAUUCAGCGAGAAACCAGCGUUUGCCAGCAGUGGCGGUAUUUUCGGUGGACCAAACACUACUACACCUGCCUUCAGCUCUGCACAACCCACUGGUGCCUUCGGUGUUACCACUUCUACCCCUGCUGUGAAUUUAUUCAGCGUUACUCAGACUACUACAUCCGCUAUGCCUACAUCUAACGCUUCACCCUUUGGUACAACACCUUCUACGACUGCUAGUCUUUUUGCUACCGCGACCUCACAGUUUGAAACUACCAAUACAACCGUCUUUUCUAAACCUACAUUUGGAAUGGCCACUGGAGACACCUUUGGUACCACAGUUACCAACUCGUCUAGCGUACCAUUUGGUGCUACCAGUACUGGAGUCACCUUUGGAACACCAACCACUACAACUGCUUCUCCCUUCACGUCGUCUACUUUCGCUGACGUGAAGGGUUCACCAUUUGGUCCUACCAAUGUUACUACCACGACAACAACUACGAACGCGUUCACGCCUCAACAGCAACAGAUUACUUCGCCCUUUGGUACCUUUGCACAGAGUCAAACUUCUAGCACUGUUACUACAUCGUCAAGUGGACCCUUUGGAAAACCUGCGUUUGGUAUAACUCUGACAGCUAAGAUUAUUGACGAUAGCAUCUACUCGAUGGAUAAUCAAUUGACAGACGAUGAGAAAAACAUGUAUUUAGCAGAGAAGUUUGUGUUUGGUAAGAUUCCAUUGAAACCGCCUACCAAAGAGAUCAAGUAA